AGUUACGACUGGAAGGUGGACGACCAUAUCAGUGAAUUGUAGGACAUUUUCAGCCUAAAAAGCUUUAUUAGGAUAUGUAUUUUCCUGCUCAGUAGGCUUGUAUUUAUUGUAUUGUUCUGGGCUUUGUGCUGCGUGUUUAUACAAAGUUAGCUAACUUGUGUGUUUUUGAUUGAUUAGUCGGCGCGCAUUAUCAGCUCAUUGAUGGCUCUGAUAGUGACCGAUCAGAGCUGCAAACUGAACGGGACCUCGGCGAUUUACGGCCGAGCUGGACCAAGAAAAGAAGUGUAUCAAGGCAACACGGAGGGCUUUAGAGCCGCAAAAGUGCACCCUAAAGAGCCGGACUAUUCAACAGAUGGCCUGCCCAAAGCCUUCCUGCACAGUCUGAGGACCCUGUUUGACAUUUUGGAUGAUAGUGGUAGAGGCUAUGUCCACAUUUCAGAGAUAGAGACCCGCUGGCAGGGGGCAGACACCCGGGACCUGCCCGGCGGGGUGCUCAGCUGCCUCCGGAGGGUCACCCCACCGCAUGGCUGCCUCACCUUUGAGCGGUUCGUCGCGGGGCUGCGCUACUCCAUGCUCAACCCGGAGCACAGCGCCCACUUCAAGGCCCACGCCGCCGUGCACCCACAGCAGGCUCCGCAGCAGAAGCCCGCCCCGCUGUCCACAUGCAGCGUGGGGACUCGGGUGGAGAACAAGGUCCGUCCGCUGGGGCCGAGCAACGGGACCAACACCCUGCAGCACCGGACCUCCUCCCUGCAGAGCCGGGCCAGGCUGGAGGAGGCGCCCGGGUACCCGGCGUGUGGACCGGUGCGGUACCCAGCGGUCUUUGAGAGGCCCGUUCGGGGUUUGGAGCAGAACCCAGGGGCUCCGGCGGCCGGGGGUUACCGGGCCGAACCGAGCCAUGCCCCCAAACCCACACAGCCGCAGCAGAGCCGGGUCAGGUCCAUUGAGUCUCUCGCUCUGGAGUCGCCGCAGCUACAAGGAUCAAGUGUUGGGAAAUCAGGUCUACCAAGAUCCCAGAGCGAAUCAGCAUCAGGAUUUACCGGCGUCUCCAGGCGACAUGGGCGAGGUCGGGAUGAGCAGAGGAGGCAUACCAUAUCCAACGGAGUGGAUUACGGAAUGUUGAAGCAAAUGAAAGAGCUGGAGCAGGAGAAGGACUCUCUGCUGGCGGGCCUGGAGGUGGUGGAGCGGGCCCGAGACUGGUACCAGGGCCAAAUCCACAAUGUGACCGAGAGGCAGAGGCAGGUCGGCCAGAACUCCCACUGCACGGAUUUCUUCACAGAAGCUAAUCAGAGUCGCAUGAAUGUCCUAAUACCCAAAUUGCAAGAAGUCAACCGCUGCCUUAAUGACCUUAUUUCCUGCUCUGGGAUGCAGUCAUUUCCCUCCAACGCUGCUCAGACUGCCGCUAACCCGCAGCCACCGGUUCCAGCUCCCCCACAAGCCAUCCUGAGACUGAAGGACCAGAACCGACUCCUCACGCAGGAGGUGACGGAGAGGAGCGAGCGCAUCACACAGCUGGAGCAGGAGAAGUCGGCCUUGAUAAAACAGCUUUUUGAGGCCCGAGCCCGCAGUGCGCAGGACACCAGCACCAUGGACUCCACCUUCAUCUGAAAACAGAUACAUUCCACCUCAAACUAUAGCAUGUUAAGAACCAGCUAAGAAUUUCCAUGACGCUGGUCCCAAGCUACCUUUGAUAAGACUGUCAGCUGACUGUUGUUUACCCGCAGUGAUGCACCUUUUAGCCAUGCCACGCCCACACCCUGGACUGCAGCAUGCAACCACUCCACCCCAAACCAAACCAUGCACUACCUAGAUGUGAACACGCCGAGAAAACCUGACCCGAAUGACUUGAAUCAAGAUUUUUAUUCACUUCCUUUCCUGCAUUAAAGGUCCCAUGUCAUGCUUUUCUGGUUAUUACCCGUCCCCUUGUGUGUUAUAUAGCUUUUUAUGCAUGUAAA